AUGGCAAGCGAAGCCCAAUUCGAUGCGGCUUUAGACCUGCUCCGAAGACUGUCUCCGCUCUCGGUCUCUGACAACCUCAACGCUAUCACUGCUCUUGUUCCUGAUCUCACCGAAGACCUUCUCUCCUCCGUCGACCAACCUUUGACCUCUGCAAGAUGCAAGAAAACCGGUCGCGAUUACCUGCUAUGUGACUACAAUCGAGAUGGAGAUUCGUAUCGAAGCCCCUGGAGUAAUGAGUUCGAACCACCUCUAGACGAUGCCACGUACCCCAGUGACCGAGUAAGAAAAAUGGAGGUCGAAGCCAACACCGCAUUCGACGUUUACCGACAAAUGUACUACGAAGGUGGAACUGGAAGCGUGUAUCUGUGGGACCUCGAUGACGGUUUUGCCGGAGUCGUCUUACUGAAGAAGAGCGUCGGGCAAGAGGCCGGAUGGGACAGUAUACACGUUUUCGAGGUCGAUGAGAGAAGAGGCAGCGGGCGCACAUGUCACUACAAGUUGACCAGCACUGUCAUCCUUCACCUUGGUCGAGAGAGCGAGGGUGUCGGCUCUCUAAACCUUGCAGGGAGCAUGACCAGACAAGUCGAGGCCGAUCUGGUCGUGGAAAAUGUAGGUGGCCAAGGCAAAGAUGGAGGCCACGUGUGCAAUGUCGGUCGAUUGAUCGAAGACAUGGAAGGCAAGAUGAGAAACAUGCUUCAAGAAGUGUACUUUGGAAAAGCCAAAGAUGUUGUGGGUGAUCUUCGAAGCGUGGCACCAUUGACAGGCGUCAACCGGGAUCGACAGGCUCAACGAGAUGUUAUUUCGAGCAUGGGAGGCAAGUAA